AUGGAUCCCGCAGAUACAGAAUCUGGCUGUUCAGCGACCGCUCAGCUCUCCACUACUGCCCAGGAGGAGGAUUCGGCUUUCACUGCCCACCGCAACCACCAUGCCCGUUUACUCUUUGGCAUGCGGCAGAGAGGAGCAGAGAUCCGGUCCUUCGCCUCCAGGUUCUUGGAGGAGGCUCAACUUGCCGGGCUUAGCGGGAGAGAGCUAAAGGUGAUAUUUUAUGCCUGCCUCGAUGAGCCUCUCAGGUCCAGUGAGGUGGAGUUACUCAAGCCCUUGGACUUCAUCGACAUGGUCAACUACGUGAGGAACAGGCCUGAACCCAAGUCUAGACCCCUGUCACCUGUCCCAGAGGGCCGCGUUGUCGGGAGGAUGGUCCUGGAGAGCUCAGUACCCACCACAUCAAGCUCCAUAAGCUCCGCCCCGCCAGCCAGCCUUCGGGGUAGUCGUCUGGCGAUACGGGGAAGGGGCAUUCAGACCGGGGCGAUCAGGUUGGGGAGGUCGACUCUCAUCUCUCCAGCGCCGGAGACUACGCCCGCACCCGAUCUCCAUCCUGCAUUACCGGUCUCCAGACGGAGGAAGAAGAGGAAGAAGGACUCCUCCGCUCUUCAACCAACUGCCACCCCUCAGUCCUCUGAGAAGCAGCAGCCUCUGUCUGCCCCGCUGCAGCCCCUGCCAUCUGCGCAGCCUCCGCUGCAGCCCCUGCCGUCUGCGCAGCCUCCGCUGCAGCCCCUGCCGUCUGCGCAGCCAACCGCAGCAGCCUUUGUCUCUGUCCCGUCUCUGCUGCCGUCCGCAGCGGCCCCUGUCACUGUCCCUGUGUUGUCUCUGCAGCCGUCCGCUGUACCUCCUGUCAUUGUCCCUGCCUCGUCUCCGCUGCCGUCUGCAGCGGCUCCUGUGACUGUUCCUGUCUCGCCUCCGCGGCCGUCCGCUGCGCCCCCUGUCACAGUCUCCAUGUCGUCUCCGCCGCCGGACGCGGAGCCCCCCGUCAUUGUCCCUGCCUUGUCUCCGCUGUCGUCCGCAGCCUCCUCUGUCAAAGUCCCUGUGUCAUCUCUGCAGCCGCCCGCUGCACCCCCUGUCAGGUUUCCUGUUUCCCCUCAGCCUUUAAACCCUGACCUUGUUGUUCCUGCCUUGCCCCAAGCUGUUUCCUCCCCACGAAACCCUGUUAGGCCUGCCCGGCCUCCACGUACCCAACCCUCAGCUACUCCCCGGGGUCAGAAGGCUCGCCCUGUACCCAGUCCCAUCCCUCCUCCUGUGAACAUUGUUGUUCCCCCGCCCCCCCUCCCUUGUUUGUUGUUCUUGUUGUCCCACCCGAAUCCUCUAGUUGUUCUGUCUUGUCUUCCCUUCAGCGCACCCUCGCCGCGGCAUAGCCGCUGUCCAGCAGGAGGGUCCUACAGCACAUGUGCUGCUUGGCUUGCAGCAGCACACACUCGCCACGGCAUAGCCGCUGUCCAGCAGGAGGGUCCUUCAGCACUGAAGCUGCACGGCUUCUCCCUUCAGCACCACUAA